UUACAGCAAUAACAUGGCUGUUUUUUAGUUUGGUUAGUUUUAUGACAACACUGAAUAAUAAUCUGACCUUUGUUCUUCGUUUUUUCAACAAUUACAAGGCAAAAGCAUAAAAGAUUUAUUAAGUGAGUUGUUGUUUUGAAACUGAACAAAAUGUUGAAGAACGCUGUGACUUUGGUGACUGGGGGUGCAUCUGGGUUGGGAAAAGCAACUGUUGAAAGACUAGUGCAACAAGGAAGUCGUGUUGUUCUCUGCGAUUUACAGUCGUCAAAGGGUCAAGAAGUUGCAAAAACCCUUGGAGAAGACAAAGUUUUGUUCGCUCCUGUUAAUGUAACAUCCGAAAGCGACGUUAAAUCAGCUUUAGAUUUAGCUAAACAAAAAUUCGGAAAGCUCGACAAUGUUGUUAACUGUGCCGGCAUUGGAGUUGCUUUCAAAACGUAUAAUUUUAACAAGAAAAUUGCACACGGUUUGGAGGAUUUUACCAAAGUUAUAAACAUAAACACUAUUGGCACUUUUAACGUAAUUAGAUUAGCCGUGGGACUUAUUGGCGAAAACCAACCAAACGAAAGAGGUGAACGUGGGGUGGUCAUUAACACGGCUAGUGUGGCUGCUUAUGAAGGACAGAUGGGGCAAGCGGCUUAUUCUGCAAGUAAGGGGGCAAUUGUAGGAAUGACUUUACCAAUAGCUAGGGAUUUGGCAAGUCAGGCAAUAAGAGUUGUGACCAUAGCUCCUGGCCUGUUCAAAACACCCUUAUUUUCGGCGUUACCAGAUAAAGUUGUAAGGUUUCUGGAAAAAUCUGUACCGUUUCCGUCAAGAUUGGGAGACCCAGCAGAGUUUGCUCACUUGGUGCAGUGUAUCAUCGAAAAUCCCAUGUUGAAUGGGGAGACUAUUAGAUUGGAUGGUGCUUUACGCAUGCAGCCGUAAUUGUUUGCGGACUUGUAAUGAGUAUUUGUUUGGUUUUGGAACAAAACAAGAAAUAAAGAUUUAAAAUAUUUA